AUGCAUGUUCAAGAACCCCAGGAACGACAGCAAACCUGGUGCAAAGUCCCAGCCAUGAGAGAACAAUUGCAGAACUACAAAUUCGUCGUCUUCGUAGAUGCAGAUACAAUCUUCCCGUAUCUGCAUCUGCCACUUGAAUGGCUUUUCAACUACUGGAACAUUAAUCCGGAAACACUUGUCGCUUUAGCGCGGGAUCCAGCAGACCCUGUCAACAACGAUGAUCGAGGUAGAACGUAUCUCAAUACUGGAUUCGUGAUUGCUCAACGAAGUCCCAGGACCGAAGAGCUGUUCAAAGCGUGGGAUGAAUGUUCAAAUGGCGUACGGUACCCCAGCUGCGUGAGAUGGAACUUCAAUUGGCCGCACGAACAAGCUGCGUUCGGGGGCCAUAUUCGCUAUGACUUUAAUCGAUCACAGGAUGUUAAGGUCUUGCCUUGUGCCGAGGCAAAUGGGUGUCCUGAAGCGGCGCAUAUGGGAUGCAUGGGCAGGCUUGUGCGACAUUACUGGUAUGGGAAGCAUUUGGUUCCGGCUGCUGUUCGAGAGUCGUUUUUACAAUCUUUUGUGCCACCUUUGCAUGAGCUGUUUCUGCAAGAGUACGGGUUGGUGGCGGAUUGA